AUGGAGGAAUUGAACCGUUUGAACAUCGCCAUUGAGCUGGGCCCCCCGCCCACCGGUCGGAGGUCGCGGAAACCUGGCGUUGACCGGAAACCUCGACAAGCCUACAGUGCUAAGCAGUUGGAACGGCUAGAGGCAGAGUUUAAGGUGGACAAGUACCUGAGCGUGUCGAAGCGCCUGGAGCUGUCGCAGGCGCACCUGACGGAGACGCAGAUCAAGACCUGGUUCCAGAACCGGAGGACCAAGUGGAAGAAACAGAUGGGCCGCAUGAGGCUGGCCCAACGGCAGGGUCUUCUCCCGCCCCACCUUACCCGGCUCUCCCGCCCAUCCCGCCCAUUCUCGGUCCCUACUACCCGCUCACGCCGCACACUCACGCCCACAUCGUGCCCCGCCUCCCCUCCUCACGCCCAUGUCCCCGCCGGACCCGCGCCCUUCUCGUCAGCCCACGAUCCGCCACGGCAUUAA